AUGUCAAAAGUUCUCGCAAUCUUCGGUGCCACUGGCCAACAAGGAAGCUCUGUUUUGAACCAUGUGCUGAAUGACUCAAAACUCUCCCCUGAGUACAAAAUCCGGGCUAUCACUCGCGACGUCACAUCGGAGAAAGCCCAGGCCCUCAAAGAAAAAGGAAACGUCGAUAUUGUCGCAGGUGACGUGUCCGACGCCAAAUCACUGGCCACGGCUUUAACCGGUGUGCAUACUGUCUUUGCCAUGACCACGCCAGACAUUAGCGCCAGCGCCUAUGAAGUCGAGCUACAAAACGCGAAGCGAAUCGCUGACGUCGCUGUUCAACAAGGCGUUGACUAUAUCAUUUGGAGCACGCUACCAUCUGUGCAUGACAUCUCCAAGGGAAAAUAUACCUUAGUCGUCCCGUUUGAUGUGAAGGCCGCAGCCGAACAGUAUAUUCGUACUCUUCCUAUCAAAAAGGCCUUUCUUUCACUCGGCUCGUUUAUGGAAAACUUUCAAGCACAAACAUUUCUAGCCCCGAAACCAGCUGCAGAUGGUACUUAUGUACUAGCUCGUCACACCUCUCCGAAAGCGAAGUUCCCAUUGCUCGAUGCAGUUGGUGAUACCGGAAAGUUUGCUGGUGCAAUCCUCGCUGACCCUGCUAAGUUCGAGGGGAAAAGACUCCAUGCUGCUACUAAGUUGUAUACCGGAGAGGAGAUUGCUGCACUUCUUUCUAAGAGUACCGGAAGAGAUAUUGUCUUCAAGCAGGUCUCCACUCAGGAGUUUCGGACAAGCCUGCCUUUCUUUCAAGAUGUUUUUGUGGAGGGAUUUAGCUUCAUGGAUGAAUAUGGAUACUUUGGACCUGACUCUGAGGCGUUAGUCGCUGAGGCGGGUGCGGUUGCCAGGGGCAAACUUUCUACGUUUGAGGAGUUUUUAGAAAGACAUCCAUUCCAGCUAAUGUAG